GUCGGAGCCCAGCGCUCUUUCGCUCGCCGCGCCUUUUCCAAGCCUUUGCGGGGCGAUCGCGGGGAGCCCGAGGCCGCGGUGGUGCGGGGGACCCCGCCAGCGCCACCAACGCUGCCCGCGGGAGGGAGCCACCCCCACCCCCACCGGGUGCGCGCGCUCCACCGAGCCCUGGCGCGCCCAGAGCUCCGCGCCCCGCGCCUGCCUGACAGCUGCAGCUGGGCUGGGGCUGCGUGCCCGGCUCGGCUCCGCUCCUCCGGACUCCACUCCGGCCGCGGUCCCGGCCCCUCCGCCCUCCUCUCCCUGCCUCCGCCCUGCUCGGACUCCUUCCUCUCCACCCUUCACCCCUCCUGCCCAGGGUGCCGGAGUCCGUUUCGCAACCCUGCGCUCCGUGCCACCCCUCUCUCCCCUCCCGGUGACUACGUUUCCUGCCCCCUCCAUUUGGGGAGAGGGUUUGGGAAAGAAAGCCUAGGCUAAGCCGCCUCCAGGAGGGUCGGCGAACGUGGGGACGAGGAGGAGGAACCCCACGCCACCCCCUUUCUGGUCAGCUUUCCUUUCCCGCCCCGCCCCGCCCCGCCCCUACACGCACUCCUUCGCCGCGGACCAGCUACUUUCUCGGACGGACGAGGAAAGUGAGGGCGGCCCUGGUGACAGCGCCGCGGGGCCAGUCCCGGGGAAACCGCGCGCCGGCUCGCCUCGCGCCCUUUGCGCCCCCGGCCAGGGCACGGCCCGCACCGAACCGAACCAGGAUGGCUUCCACCACCACCUGCACCAGGUUCACCGACGAGUAUCAGCUCUUCGAGGAGCUCGGAAAGGGGGCAUUCUCGGUGGUACGAAGAUGUAUGAAAAUCCCUACUGGACAGGAGUAUGCUGCCAAAAUUAUCAACACCAAAAAGCUUUCUGCUAGGGAUCAUCAGAAACUGGAAAGGGAAGCCAGAAUCUGCCGUCUCUUGAAGCACCCCAAUAUUGUGAGACUCCAUGACAGCAUUUCAGAAGAAGGCUUCCAUUACUUGGUGUUCGAUUUAGUUACUGGAGGUGAGCUGUUUGAAGAUAUCGUGGCAAGAGAAUAUUACAGUGAAGCUGAUGCCAGUCAUUGUAUACAGCAGAUUCUAGAAAGUGUAAAUCAUUGUCACCUAAAUGGCAUAGUUCACAGGGACCUGAAGCCUGAGAAUUUGCUUUUAGCUAGCAAAUCCAAGGGGGCAGCUGUGAAACUGGCUGACUUUGGCUUAGCCAUAGAAGUUCAAGGAGACCAGCAAGCGUGGUUUGGUUUUGCUGGCACACCUGGUUAUCUGUCUCCAGAAGUUUUGCGCAAAGACCCUUAUGGAAAGCCCGUGGACAUGUGGGCAUGUGGUGUCAUUCUCUACAUUCUGCUGGUCGGGUAUCCACCCUUCUGGGAUGAAGACCAACACAGACUCUAUCAGCAGAUCAAGGCUGGAGCUUAUGAUUUUCCGUCACCAGAAUGGGACACAGUGACUCCUGAAGCUAAAGACCUGAUUAACAAAAUGCUUACCAUCAACCCUGCCAAACGGAUCACAGCCUCUGAGGCACUGAAGCACCCAUGGAUCUGUCAACGUUCUACUGUUGCUUCCAUGAUGCAUAGACAGGAGACUGUAGACUGCUUGAAGAAAUUUAAUGCAAGACGAAAACUAAAGGGUGCCAUCUUGACAACCAUGCUGGCUACAAGGAACUUUUCAGCAGCCAAGAGUUUGUUGAAAAAACCGGAUGGAGUGAAGGAGCCCCAAACUACUGUAAUCCACAACCCUGAUGGAAACAAGGAGUCAACUGAGAGCUCAAAUACAACCAUUGAGGAUGAAGAUGUGAAAGCACGAAAGCAGGAGAUUAUCAAAGUCACUGAACAACUGAUUGAAGCUAUCAACAAUGGGGACUUUGAAGCAUACACAAAAAUCUGUGACCCGGGCCUCACUGCCUUUGAACCUGAAGCCUUGGGGAACUUAGUGGAAGGGAUGGAUUUCCACCGAUUCUACUUUGAAAAUGCAUUGUCCAAAAGCAACAAACCAAUCCACACGAUCAUCCUGAACCCCCACGUGCACCUGGUGGGGGACGACGCGGCCUGCAUCGCGUACAUCAGGCUCACGCAGUACAUGGACGCCAGUGGGAUGCCAAAGACAAUGCAGUCUGAAGAGACCCGCGUGUGGCACCGCCGGGACGGCAAGUGGCAGAAUGUCCACUUCCAUCGUUCCGGGUCACCAACAGUACCCAUCAAGCCACAGUGUAUUCCAAAUGGGAGAGAAAACUUCUCAGGAGGCAGCCCUUUGUGGUAAAACAUCUAAGGCCUGAAAACCAUUCACAUUGGGUCUUCUAAUGAUCAACAGUGCCACUUCCACAUUCUCUGUUCUCAAGGCACCUGGAGAGUCACCCUGGGCUGUCCUCUCCUCCUCUUCAUGCAUGAUUCUGAGUGCAUGAAGUUGUGAAGGUCCUACGUGGAAUGCCUAUGUGAUCAUCACCCUCUCAUUUAUUCCUUCCUAUGCGUUGUUUACACUUCAACUACCAGGCUUGGAUGUCCGAUGCAACUUCAGUUACUGUUGGCAAACAAUGGGGGGGAGGCCAGACAACACCAAAAAAAAGUCCACAAUAUUCAAAGUGCAACCUAUUCAGCAAUUUAUUUCAUGUAUGCCAAGAUUUAACAGACUUAAAAUUUGAAUUCAUUUCUGAAUGACAGUUCUAAGAGAAAUGUAAAAAAAUUUUAAAUUCUUUGUGGUUAAUCGAUUUUAAUUUUUUUCUUUCUUUUCCCUUCAAGGCAAAUACACACACACACACACACACACACUCACACACACCUUCAGUUUCCUAGUGUGAUCUUGGUUAAAAUAGAUGAUUCUUCUAUGAAUGUUUUGGUGUUGAACAAUUAAAGUGAGCUUGAUAUGUGAGCAAAAUUAAAUAUGAAUGUAGAAGAAAGACUGUCUUGGUGAGAUACUAUCAAAGCCAUGUUGUUUUAGUCAAACUGUGUAAACUGGAAAGCCCAUUAUUUACAAGUUUGAUCAUUUCAGGGCAGGUGCACUGUUCUGCUGGAUUCACUAAAGUGAAUUUACUGUUCUUUUUUUUUUUUUCCUUUUUCACAUCUUUAUGUUUUCUUCAUUUAUACUAUUAGUUUACUAUUCCUGUUUGCUUUGUAAAUCUUUCUUUUGUUUCUUCUCCCCUCUUCCCCCUCUCAUUCUUUAUACUUUCUGUGUUUGGCUGGUAGUAUUGUAAGAAUGGAAUUGAAGUGAAAUCUAUGCAAUGAAGAUAAAGUAGAAAUGAAGGUCUUUUGGAGAGAGCUAAACGAGCGUUUUUGAUCAACUUCAAGGCCCAUGAAAAUGUUGUGAAG